UCAAAUCUUGACUUAAUUUGUGGUAUUUUUUUUCGAGAGUGUGCGACGGAAUGUGCCCUUUGUUGUUGUGUUGUUUUGUUUACUUUUCGGGCACAGAAAAGUCAAAAGACGGAAGUCGCAUCUCGGAGGGGGACGAAUCAAACGCAGACACUUCCGACACGGGCGACGAGAGCGGAGCUGCCGGAGAGGUGCCCGAAGACGUGCUGGCGGUGCUGAAAGAAGAAGUGGAGUUGAAGACGAAACAGUUGAAAGAGGAAAAGGCCAAGCUGAACAAACUGGUGGACGAGAAAGACGAAGACAUGGGAAACCUAGAAAAAGCCAAAAACGAACUGGAAGAAAAGAUGAAAGAGAACGAGAAGUUGCUGAAGGAGGCGCAAGGAGAUUCAUCGAAGGCGAAGAGUGCGAUAGAGGCUGCCAAUCAGCAGAUAGAGCAGUACAAGGAGAGGAACAGACGGCUGGAGGAGGGACACAAGGGGUCGGAAGAGCAGGUGCAGCAGGCCAAGGAGGCCGUCAAACAAAAGGACGAAGAAGUGCAACAGGCAAAACAGCAGGUGGAGGAGGCCAAGAAAGAGAUAGACGGCGCAAAAGAGGAGGCACAACAAAAGCAGGCCGAAGCAGAGGAACUCAAGCAGAAGGUCGGAGCCCAGCUGGGUCGUCUUGUGGAGGACAUCCAGGACGUGGGCAGGAUAGUGAGCAACGACCCCGAGUCGAAGGAGUUCGAGGUGGAGGCAGACUUGAACAACCCAGACGAGACUCUGAAUGCAGUGAGAGUGCUUCUGACCAAAGUGAAACACUAUGGCGAACAUGGGCGCCGACCCAGCAAGGAGGAGCAAGAGGACAAGGGAGAACGGGAACAAGAGCACGUGGAGAACAAGAUCAUGUUGAACCAGGCGAAAGAGAAGAUAUCCCAACUGGAGUCGGAACUCAAGUCAGCUCACGAGGAGAUGAAAGAGCUGCAGGAGAAGAUCAACGAGAGGAGUGCCAGAAUAGCUCAGAUGGCAAAGGAGGGUGGCUAUGGGGAGGAUGGCUUGACCAACAUGGAGCUGGAUCCUGACCUCCAGAUGCUACAUGAUGAACACGCAAAGCAGAUAAGAGACCUGACUCAAAAACUGGAAGAGGAAAAGGCUAAAAAUGGCGAGACGAAUGACGAGAAAGAUCAAUGGCAGGUCAUGGCUGAAAAAACCAAGGCGGACAAUGAAAGACUGAAAAGUAGUGUAGGAAUGGGAGAAGAAGGAAUGCGUGGAUCGCAAGGAGAGCCAGGAGCCGAUGGAGAACCGCCAGAGCCAGGCGCCGAAGGAGAACCGCCAGAGCCAGGCGCUGAAGGAGAACCGCCAGAGCCAGGCGCCGAGGGAGAACCAGGUAUAGAUGGUAAACCUGGGGAGUCAGGCGCUGAAGGGGAACCAGGAGAGGACGGGGAACCAAUGGAGCCUGGGGAGGCGGCGGGAUCCGAUGGACCUCCAGAAGGAAGUGAUGGCGCUCCAGGAGAAGAUGGGGAAAUGGGCGAACCUGGAGAAGCGGGACCCGAAGCCUUACAAGACGAAGAUGCAGCAAACGAUCACCUGGAACCGGGAGAUGACGUUCCCAGUUCUCCCGGACUCCAGGAAGGAUCAUCAGAGGCAGAACUUCAAAAUCUGUCGCAAAUUAAAAAGAACAUGGAUGCUGCUCUUGCGAAGAAUAAGGAGCGAAUCGAAUCAGCGCCGCAGUCGGAGGAAAGUGGAAGCUCGGCAGAGUCGGGAGUCGACGCGAAGCCAAAAUCCGAACCAGGUGGGCGGCCCUCGACUAAGAGUCAAAAAGAGCAAGGUGGAGGUUCGAUGACAACGAAGCAAGUGGCCUUCUUAGAAGCUACACUGGACUCGGUGACAAAGAAUAACAGAGCAUUAGCGGCUGAAAACAGAACUCUAAAAGUGCAAAGAUUACCAGCAUUGCAAAAUAUGGUUAAAUCACUACAAGCUAAAUGUCAAGAAUGGGAGAAAAUGUAUAACGAAGAAAAAAGGAAAAAUGAGAGAGCUGGAUCAUAACUAAAUUGGAAGAAGUGCGAGUUGAUGGAUGGCGGCUGUUCUUAUAGUGUUCUUUACAUAAACUAUGAACCGAGACUAUUUAAGCUUAGAUUCAUUCUGUUUUACGAGUGAGAUACCAAGUCUAUCCGAAGCAUACAUGCUUGAAAUUCCAAUAGAAUUCACGUUAGUGUUAUACAGUCACGAGAAAUAGAAGUUGCAGUUGCAACUUUUUGAUUGCAACAAUCAUAUGAAAAUUUUGUUUUCACUUU